AUGACAAUGGAAGACGUUCAAGCAGCGCCACCGGUCGAGGAAACACCAAAAAUCCCAGACUACUUGGCAUCACCAAAUGCCGUCUUCAGUGAUAAGGACGUCCAGUGGCGAUAUGGAAAAGCACCCGACUACACGAAGACUCGCAAGGUCUGGGCUGAAGGCAAACGCAUGAAUCAUCAACCGGGAAGCCUGGAAGAGAUGGUGGAGAACUUGGUGAAGAAUUGGGAGGUCGAAGCGUCAUUCAAGCCGCGCUUGUCGGAUUGGAGGACAAUUGAUCACGAGAAGUACUCCUUCGCCAUGGGAGGUGGUCCGCCACAGGACGCAGAGCAUAUGAUAAGGGUCGGCACCUACAACGGCAUCAUCGCACCGAACGAGUACUACAGCCCCGAGAACUCAGACUUCGCAUCAAGCCACAAGACCUUCAAACGUAUGAUGCCCACCUUCGCCUGGGAAGUUUUGGAAGUAUACAGCGGCCCACCACGAGUGGCUUUCAGGUGGCGUCACUGGGGCGUGAUGAAGAAUGACUAUGUGGGAUUCAAUGACAAGGGCCAGAAAGUCACCGCCAAGGCCCAUGGCGGUCAGAUUGAUAUCGAAGGUGUCACCGUCGCCGAAGUCGACGACAAAGUCCGUCUUCAAGCCAUACAAACCUGGAUGGAUCCUCUCGAAAUGUUUCGACAGAUUGCCCCUCACGGAGUCAGAGAGAGAGAGAGAGAGAGAGAGUAG